AUUGCAUUGAACCUGAUUUUAAGUUCGGGAUGUGCGCGUAAAUUUCCUCGAAGGUACGAGGUAUGGUCGCCUAAAUACUGAAGCAAUGAAACGUUUUCAUAAGUAGACAUCGGCUUGACUUAGACGACAUUGAAUCUGCGCUUGGCACUACACUUCCAUAGUCUGAUGCUUUGGAGCGGUGACCUUAAAGGGAGCGGAAUGACUGUAUGAAGUAUGGGAGCCCGUCAUGCAAGGAGCUUUGCCGUCGGCGCCUUCCUCUUGGCUACCCUCGUCAUGGGUGGAGGCUAUUUCAUCGAUGAUGUAGAUGAAGAGCUGGAGUGCGACAAACAAGCUGCUAUCACGUGUUACUGGAGAAUCGCCGACAGGUUUGGGAGGAGCCCGUUUGUUUCUAUCCCAGACGAGCCAGAUGACUACCUGACGUCUUUCUGCCAAGUCUCUGAGAGCUCCGAAGAGUUUCCCGAAGACGCAACCUGCAAGGACCACUACGCCGGCUGCAGCGACUCUGAUAAGCAUCAAUUCGCAAUCACGGAAAGAGGCUAUGCUGCUCUCCAAGAAACUGCGACCCUCGCGGACUCCUGCCAGCCCAUCGAGUCCCUGCGAGAAUGCCUCGACCUGGACAUUAUGCGCAAGUGUGACGCACAUCGACCACUUCGAAUAGGAGCAUUUCACGAACGAGUAACGUCGCGGCGAAGAGCGGCUAUACAGCUGAGGGGCUGCCUGCAGAAAGCCGUGAAUAAAUGCGAUCCCACAAAAUACGGGACCGCCAUGGACCGCUUGAAGCGCAUAGCCAACAGCAUCGUGGACCUGAACUCUCCUGUGACGCGACGAUCGGGUGCCGGCAAUGGAGCAUCCGCCUUUGGCGCUACCAUUGCAGUCGUCGGCGCUGCUGUGUUUAUUUGCUUCUUUCAUGCCGAUUUAUACUGGAAGUUUGAUUAG